GGGCAGAGGAGCAUGGAAAGUGAGAGGAGAGAGGCCUCUACUGGAAAGGCCAUGCUGCCCCUCCUGCUGGUCCUAUGUGGCCAUGUGUGGGGGUCUCAGCACCACGUGGAGACCAGAGCACAGACCUCGAGCUCACAGGAUUCUUCCUUUUGCUUUGGUGGUCUGGAGCUAAGCUAUCCAGAGAUGGACGUGUACAAAUGCCUCACUUUACCAAAGGACCUGGGACAGAAGAUCAGCACAGUGUGGGGAGCACCACUGGUUAGAUGGUCUGCAGCUGAUGAGAAGAAGAAGUAUGUUCUGGCGAUGGUUGACCCCGACGCUCCAAGCCGCACGACACCGACCUCCGCUUACUGGAGGCAUUGACUGGUCAUCAACAUUCAGGGCUGUGCACUAAAGGAGGGACAAUUACGUGGUACCACCAUCACUGGUCAAUGGGAUCUGAUGGCCUUCAUCCACAGAUUUGGUCUGGGAACACCUGUGGCCGCAGUGCAGUUCCUUACACAAAACUACAAAGACUAAAGAUCUGCUAAGACCUGCAUGGAGAUCCGUGAUCAGUAGGAGCUGCUGUGAAUACAUUGCAGGUUUAGCAAGUCAGGUGUCUUUGUCUU